GCCGCGGGGAGGGCGGGGGCCGGCGUCUGCUGCUGGGGGAGCGAGCGGCCCCCGGCACCGGGACCGGCGGGCGCGGCGCAGCGCAGCGCCCUCGCCCGCUCCGCUCCUCGCCCGCUCCGCUCCUCGCCUUCCCUCUCCGUCCUUCUUCCCUUCCCUUCUUCCCUUCCCCGGGCCGUGCCCGUAGCCCGGCCCCGCCAUGAAGCUGAGCAGCCGCGGCCGAGGAUGCUGCGUGGCCGGCAGCCGGGAGCGCGGGCCGCCGCCGAGGAGCCCCUUCGUGCACCAGCUGCGCCUCGGCCCCCUGCAGAAAGCCAAGAUCGCCUUCAUGACCUUGACUCUGUUUCCUAUCCGACUCUUUUUUGCUGCUUUUAUGAUGUUGUUGGCCUGGCCUUUUGCGUUCAUUGCUUCAAUGGGAUCUGACGAGCAAGAGCUUGAAAAGCCCCUCUCCUGGUGGCGAAAAAUAGUGGAUGUUUUGCUGAAAGCAAUCAUGAGAAUGAUGUGGCUUGCUGGUGGAUUCCACUGGAUAAAUGUGAAAGGCAGGCGGGCGUUGCCAGCAGAAGCAGCGAUAUUAACGGUGGCUCCCCAUUCUUCCUACUUCGAUGCCAUUCCAGUAACUAUGACCUUCGCCUCCAUUGUGAUGAAAGCAGAAAGCAAAGAUAUUCCUGUUUGGGGAACUCUUAUCAAAUACAUCCGACCAGUAUUUGUGUCUCGGUCAGACCAGGAUUCUCGCAGGAAAACUGUUGAAGAGAUAAAGAGACGUGCUCAAUCUGAUGGUAAAUGGCCACAGAUAAUGAUAUUCCCAGAGGGCACUUGCACAAACCGAUCCUGUCUAAUUACAUUCAAGCCUGGAGCAUUUAUUCCUGGAGUUCCUGUACAGCCAGUGGUUUUACGUUACCCAAACAAACUGGAUACAAUCACAUGGACAUGGCAAGGCCCAGGAGCGUUAGAAAUUCUGUGGCUUACUUUGUGUCAGUUUCACAAUUCCGUGGAAAUUGAGUUUCUACCUGUGUAUAUUCCAUCAGAAGAAGAAAGAAGGAAUCCAGUGUUAUACGCCAAUAACGUCAGACGUGUAAUGGCAGAGGCAUUGGGAGUUUCAGUGACAGACUAUACUUUUGAAGACUGUCAGCUAGCCUUGGCUGAAGGACAACUUCGUCUGCCUUCAGACACGUGUCUUUUAGAAUUUGCAAAGCUUGUGAGAAGCCUUGGGCUGAAACCAGAAACACUUGAAGAUGAUCUUGAAAAAUAUGCUGCAAGUGCCAUGAAAAUGAAAGAAGAGAAGGUUGAUCUUAAGGAAUUUUCAGCAUAUUUGGAAUUUCCAGUUUCCCACACAUUAGAAAGUAUGUUUGCCCUUUUUGACGAGAAUGAAGAUGGCGUAAUUGAUGUUCGGGAAUUUGUCAUUGCUUUGUCAGUUGUCUGUAAGCCAUCCAAAACUCUGGAAACAAUUCAGGUGGCAUUUCAGCUAUACCAGUCAGAAAAUGGAACUAUAACAGAAGAUGACUUAGCUCAUAUUCUGAAGACUGCCAUGGGUGUGUCACACAUUAAUGUUACACAUCUUUUUAGAGCUGUAGAUGAAGAAGAGAAAGGAAAGAUUACAUAUGAUGACUUCUACAGAUUUGCUGAAUUGCACCCACACUUUGCAGAAGACUAUCUCUAUCCUGAUCAGAUGGGAGCUGAGCGUGGUUUGGAGACUUCAUCUCGUUCUGCUCCUAAUGGUAUCUGUACUGACUUCAGCCCUGAAAACGCUGAAGAUAAAAACAAGCCCCUGCAGAAGAAACUGAAUUAACACUACAACUGUAAACUUCCUCUCCUGGUGAGAGGAUUCUCUUUUCUUGGGAUUUUCAUAAGUCACUCCAAUUACACAGCAAAUACCAGUUUUGUGUGUGAAAGUUCUUCUACUUCAAUACCGUUCUUUGAUUCAUACGUGCUAUAUUUAACAAUAUGUUCCAGGUUACUUUGGGGAAGGUGUUUUUAUUUUUUUUCCAAAAGGUCUUUGAAAGGCAAAAAUGUGAAUGUGCUUCAUUAUUAAUGUUCAUAUUUAAAAGGAAGCGGCACACUUAUUUAUAUUCCACUGGCUAGUUUCAUGUACAAAGUGUCGCACAAAUUGCGCAUGUAUAAAGAAACUGUAGCUACUAUGGUGUUAAGUGCACUUUGGUGAUUAGUGUUUUCCCUAGUUACAGGGAUGUUUAUAUGGGGCCAAAUUUUGCUGCUCAUAUUUGCGUAGUCAGUUUUGUUGAUUUCAGUGGGAUUAUUCCCUUGAGCAAGGCAAGCACGUUUUGGCCCUUUUGUUUGGGUUUCAGUGAACAGUUUAGAAACAGUCAUGCAAAAAGUUGCUAAGGAUUAUUUUUUAUUGUUGAAUGACAAAAUUGUUUCUCUUUCACUCUAUUCCAUGGUAGAAUGAAAAGGAAAGACUCCUUGUCCCUUACCCUAACACUUUUAUACCUUCAUCUUCCAGAUGCAACUAAAUAUGAUUUUUUUUAAACUGACAUGCCACAUACUGUUUGCAAACACAUGACAAAACUGCUUUUCUGUUACAAUCAGUUCAAAUCAUGUCCACCUAACAUUUAUAUGGAGAUGUUUACAAAAUUGUUUUAUCAGGAAUCACCGUUUCUCUUGUAGCAAGCCUGUAUACACGGAUAGCUUAGCAUGGAACACACUAUAAAAACUUAGUUAUACCAACACAAAUUUGAAAAGGCUGCAGUUACUCCAGAAGCCAAGCCAGCAAGAAGUUGCAGAACAUCCUGAAGGAAUGCUAGUUAAAUCUCUAUAUUAACAUUACAUAUACUGCAUAUAACAUACGAAGCUUAAAAUAGUUUAGAAUUAUUUUUAAAUUUUGAAAACAUUUCUAUUCAGUAACAUUUCUUACCUUUCCUUUUGUAAAGCCAGAUGCCUUAAAUUACCAUUGAGGGUCUCAGAGAAAAAUUGAAGUUACUCUAAAACCACAGACCUCUACUGAUUAGGAAAUGAGCCAAAGGCCUCAUGGAAUAGGAAGGAGAAAUGCGUUGCAAAACAACUGUGCUCAAAUCAACUAUGUUCAAAUCAUUUAUGUGACUAAAUCUGCAAGGCUGCAGUAGAACUGUGAGGGUUUCCUAACUGGAGAACUGUCAUUGAGAUUUGAAUCUUCCACUUGUUAAAGUAAAACUAGAUUUGAAAGGAUGACAUUUCAGCAGAAGGAAAUCUGUUUAUACUAAAUGUUUUUGUUAUUAUUUUUAAAUAGCAGGAGGGAUUUUUUAAGCUCAUUAGGGUAUUGGAAUGUGUCCUUAAAAAUCCUUAACUGUAUAUGGCAAGUCUCCAAACUGAAACUGGCUUUAAUAUAGAGCGGAUAUGGGGAAACAAAAUGUGAAAAAUAAUGCUUUCUGUGGGGUAGCAGAGGUACAUUCUUAUUUGGGGGUAGUAAUUAAGUUUUUUAUUUACCUAGAUUUACCUGGCAUGCCAUGCUGGCAGGGCUGCAGCAGAUUGGCAAACAAGAUUUAAACUAAAACUGAUCAUGAAAAAUAGAAGACCUGGUUUGAAAAUAAGGCAUGUGAGAAACUACUCUUAGGUAGGAAUAGUCAGCUGCACAAACAGAGGGAGUGGGUGUAACUGCACAAAAGAUCUUGGGGCAGAGAUAGUAUCAAGUAUUGCUGCAGAAAAGAUGUUCGUUAUAGUGGGAUGCAUAAACACUUCUUGCCUGUGAGAAAUGAGAUGGUAUUUCCAGGUUGCCAAGGACUGAUAAGGCCUUACCUAAAGUAGUUGUCUGUGUUGGGGCACUUGAGAAAGAUGGGGAGUAGUUGGACAGAAUCUGGAGAAAAGAAAAUAUUUGGUAAAGAGUUUGAAAGAAUUGUUUCCUCCAGAGAAGGAGACUGAAGGAAGUUAUGAAGCCAGUCUUCAAGAGUGGAAACUGUCACUACAGGGAAGAUGGGAACAACCUUUUCUCCAUGCUGAUGGUAGGCUGUCCCUUACAGACAGACAAUGAAGACGCUGAUUUUGUUGAUCGUAACCCACAGGAUUGUAGGUAUAGAUCUCCUAAGGUCUUUAUUCUGUGAUUAGACAGGAUGUAUUUUAGUAUGUAAGGGUAAGGUACAUUAACUUAGUCUGAGCAUAUCACACCUCCUCUGCAAGACCUUUAAUAACACUUGGCCCAAGCUGGCUGACUAUGAGAUAGUUACCUUUUGCAUUGUAUGUGAGCUUGGGAAUUUGAGAAUUUCAAAGUGCAGGGCAUGAGGUAGGGUUCCCUAAGACACAUGUCUGAAGGGAAGAAAAGCUUAGUAUCCCGUGGACAGACACCCUUGGUGUGGGAGAAGCUCCAGAGGAAGAAAUUACUCGUUCCACAUCUGUGAAAGAACAAUGAAAGCUGAUUGAAGUUGGCUAAAUAUAAGCGUGCCUCCUUUCCAUGUAUGGUGCAUAUAGCCUGGGGAUCUGUCACCUCAAAGGCAAAGAGUUCAUUUGGUUUCUUAGUUAUUUCUGGUGAGGGAGAUGUUUUCUAAUCAGGGUGAAUGUAAUAACUGCACUUAGUGUGACUAAGCUGUUCAGUGUUGAGAAAGCCUGGUGAGCAGCAUCUCGCUUGCUUGGUGAGCAAGCACUUUUGGUGGAAGCAACUGGUUUAAAAAGCAUCCUGCUUCUGUAGUGACUUGCAGCGUUCCCUCUUUUGUGAGAUUGUUGAUCUAGGUAGAGAUAUAGUGAAGUCCUGAGCAGCCCGCAUGGAAACGUUGUUAGAUCACACAUAAUGGCACAAACAGAUUAAUUAAUACAGUCCAGGGGAUUUCAGUAUCUUCAGUAUAUAAGGCUAUCGUACUAGACUGCCCGGUAGUGUCAGGUGGUAAACUCAGACUUUGUUGGGGCUAAGACCUGUAGCACGUAGCAUUACUGCAACAACAUUCAUUACAAUUUGUCUAGUGAACUCACUGAUGAAAUGUUUACUAGUUCCACGUAAAAGGCAUCCAACUGUGGAGCAGCUGGGUUGUGACACUCAGUGGCUUGCUGUACUGCAAGGACAGAAGUGAAAGCUUCCUUUCCCGUUCACCAAACAAUAACAUAUAAAUGCUUUCAAUUACAAUAUUACCAGUUUUACAAACCUUAAAUUUACAGGACAGGACAGGAGACAUAAAUAAAUGUCUUCAGUUCUUUACGACAAUUUAAUACGUAAUCCUUACACACACACAAAAUGUAGAGGUGUGAAGACAUUUGACACUCGUCUGAUGAUUGUUUUGCUGCUUUUGUGAAAUACUGCCAUCCCUUGACAGCAGAGCUCUCGCAUCAGACUGAAUUUCCAUAUAUUGUAUGAGAGAGAUUCAGCCAAAGCUUUGUUAUUCUGGUGUGUUUGAACAAGUAGCUGUGUGUUUUCAAUGCAUUUAACACAAAACAAUGAAAUCUGAGAUACCUAAAAA